UGCACACCCUCUCCCACUCAGCCCUCCCAGACCCGGCACACCCGCUGAGCGGCCAGCGUUCGCGGCCCUGGCGUCCGAGUCAAACCUGGUCUCCCAACCCUCGCCAGCCCCAGCGGCACGCCCAGCCCUUCUCCAGGUACCCGCAGAUCCGAACGGAAUACAAAGAAGCCUGCGCCCACUCGCCCUCGCGGCCGCCACAUCCGCCUGUAUCCACUCCUCUGCGACCUCCGCGAAGGCUGGACGCCCGGACCCCUCCUCUCCGAGCCGUCCCGUCCUUCCCCCAGUGUCGCUCAGAUCCACCCAGGUUUCCCCGAAAUCCCGUGAGCUGGGGCCCACGACCGUGGCCCUACUCUGGCCCGGCCGCGCCUUCCGGCCCCCGAAGCCCGCCAGCCUCUUACCCCCGCCCCGCCGCGCCGCGCUGCCGGGUCCCCGCCCCUCCUCCGAGGCCCUUCUCCCCCCUCCCCUCCCGAGCUGGGGCGGGAGCGGCGGCAGCCGGAGGAGAAGGGAUGAGGUCAUCCUCUCCCUCGGAGUCAGCUGGUGGAGAAGAGGAAGAGGGAGGAGGGAGCGCGCGCGAGGGGAGGAGAGGAAUGUUCAGGUCCGAGGAGCGCCGCGGCGGCCGCUGCUGCUCCAGCUGCUGGCGGCGGCGGCGGCUCGGGUGGCAGCCGCGGGGCCCGGACGGCGAGGAGCGCGGGCGGCGGGCAGGGGCGCGCGCCGGGCGCCGCGAGCAGCUUGGCUCCGCGCAGGCAGCCAGGCGGCGCUCCUGCCGGCCCCGGGCGCGCCGCUAGCCCGGCCCAGCGCCCAGCCCGGCGGGCGGCGGGCGGCUGGCGAGCCGGCGCAGGAGCAGCAGGAGGGGGAGCCCCGCCGCCGGGGAGGGAAGCCGGGGCGAGGCGAGGAGGUGGCGGGAGGAGGAGACAGCGGGGAAAGGUGUCAGAUAAAGGAGGGCUCUCCUCCGGUUUGGAGGCAUCAUGGCCGCUAAAUCAGACGGGAGGCUGAAAAUGAAGAAGAGCAGCGACGUGGCGUUCACCCCGCUGCAGAACUCGGACCACUCGGGCUCGGUGCAGGGACUCGCCCCGGGCUUGCCGUCGGGGUCGGGAGCCGAGGACGAGGAGGCGGCCGGGGGCGGCUGCUGUCCGGACGGCGGCGGCUGCUCGCGCUGCUGCUGCUCGGGCGGCGGCUCCGUGGGCUCGGGCGGCCCGGGCGGCGGCGGGGCGGGCUCAGCUGCGCUGUGCCUGCGCCUGGGAAGGGAGCAGCGGCGCUACUCAUUGUGGGACUGCCUCUGGAUCCUGGCUGCCGUGGCCGUGUACUUCGCGGACGUGGGCACGGACAUCUGGCUCGCCGUGGACUACUACUUGCGUGGCCAACGCUGGUGGUUCGGGCUCACGCUCUUCUUCGUGGUGCUGGGUUCGUUGUCUGUGCAGGUGUUCAGCUUCCGCUGGUUUGCGCACGACUUCAGCACCGAGGACAGCGCCACGGCCGCAGCCGCCUCCAGCUGCCCACAGCCGGGAGCCGACUGCAAGACCGUGGUCAGCGGCGGCUCUUCGGCCGCGGAAGUCGAGGCUCGUCCUUCCACGCCGCAGAGGCAAGCGUCCAACGCCAGCAAGAACAUCACCGCCGCCAACAGCGGCAGCAACGGCAGCGGGGCGGCCCGGGCGAGCGGCAAGCACAGGUCUGCGUCCUGCUCCUUCUGCGUCUGGCUCCUGCAGUCACUCAUCCACAUCUUGCAGCUCGGACAGAUCUGGAGAUAUUUCCACACAAUAUACUUAGGCAUCCGAAGUCGCCAGAGUGGGGAGAGUGACAGAUGGAGGUUUUACUGGAGAAUGGUGUAUGAGUAUGCAGAUGUGAGUAUGCUGCAUUUGCUAGCCACCUUUCUGGAAAGUGCUCCACAGCUGGUCCUGCAGCUCUGCAUUAUCGUACAGACUCAUAGCUUACAGGCCCUCCAAGGUUUCACAGCUGCAGCCUCCCUCGUGUCUUUGGCCUGGGCAUUGGCCUCUUACCAGAAGGCCCUCCGGGACUCUCGAGACGACAAGAAGCCCAUCAGCUACAUGGCUGUCAUCAUCCAGUUCUGCUGGCACUUCUUCACCAUCGCCGCCAGGGUCAUCACCUUCGCCCUCUUUGCCUCAGUUUUCCAGCUCUACUUCGGGAUCUUCAUCGUCCUACACUGGUGCAUCAUGACCUUCUGGAUCGUCCACUGUGAGACAGAGUUCUGUAUCACCAAAUGGGAAGAGAUUGUGUUCGACAUGGUGGUGGGGAUCAUCUACAUCUUCAGCUGGUUCAAUGUCAAGGAAGGCAGGACACGCUGCAGGCUCUUCAUUUACUAUUUUGUGAUCCUUUUGGAAAAUACAGCCUUGAGUGCCCUCUGGUACCUCUACAAGGCUCCCCAGAUUGCAGAUGCAUUUGCCAUCCCAGCCCUGUGUGUGGUAUUCAGCAGCUUUUUAACGGGCGUUGUUUUUAUGCUGAUGUAUUAUGCCUUCUUUCACCCCAACGGACCCAGGUUCGGGCAGUCACCAAGCUGCGCUUGUGAAGACCCAGUUGCUGCCUUCACUCUGCCUCCAGAAGUGGCCUCAAGCACGCUACGCUCCAUCUCCAACAACCGUGGUGUUGUCAGCGACCAGAAAUUCGCAGAGCGGGACGGCUGUGUGCCUGUGUUUCAGGUGAGGCCCACUGCUCCAUCCACCCCUUCUUCUCGCCCGCCACGGAUUGAAGAAUCUGUCAUUAAAAUUGACCUGUUCAGGAACAGGUACCCAGCGUGGGAGAGACACGUUUUGGACCGAAGCCUACGAAAGGCCAUUUUAGCCUUUGAAUGUUCCCCAUCUCCUCCAAGGCUGCAGUACAAAGAUGAUGCCCUUAUUCAGGAGAGGCUGGAGUACGAAACCACUUUAUAAAACAGAAGGACUUGGAGGGGCCUUGACCUCCAGAGGAAGGGGUGACAGCAGGGCUGUGGCAAUAAUGAAAUUUCAUCCGAGAGGAGGGCAACGAGCCAUAAUGCUCUUAGUCUGCGAUCGUCAUGAUUAUUGCCUCCAUCAGCUGACUGCCAGCUGCCGGUCUCCUAUCAAAAUAGCGACCAGAAAGAGUCCCCUGCUCCACCCAGAGGGGACAUAGCCCCUUAGGACUCCUGGUUGCUAUCAACCCCUCGUGCAGUCUUCAGCAUAUCCACCAGGGGGCACUAUUAUGAUGGAAAAUGUUGCCUCCACUGGAUUGGGUGUUUGGAUGGAAUUAACGAUCUUUGCUUAAAAAAAUAUUCAGUCAUACGCAUACACACACACAGGUACCCACACACUAACACACACAACACCAGUCCUCUAUCAACAUAGCUUAGAUGAUUUUUCUUGAUGCAAUGCUCUGAUUUCCACAGGAAUAUAAAAACAGAGAGAAUAUCUCUCUCAAGUCUUCAAGAGAAAAAAAAGAUAGUACUGCUUAGAAACAAAUUCAUAACCAAUUGAUUGGAAACCAAUGUGUGAAAAGCCUAUCCAAUGGACAGCAAACUCAAGUGUGUUUACACAUGUAUUAGAAUUUUUGGAAUGGUUCGUUUUCGACACAUUUCAGGAUUUGUUUUUUAUUUUACGUUGUCAGUUAAGAACAUCCUUUAUGAUAGAAAUCCUAUGCAGCACACGUAUGGCUUUUGACAAGACCAAGGAGCUUGAUAACUUAGUAAUGUAAAUUAAAUAAUAAUCAUGAUUCAGUAUUCAGUUGCAAAAAUUUGAUAAAUACACAAAAAUGAAGUAGGAAAACGAGGCAAAACUAGCAUCUGAUUUCCCGGCCUGCACAGCUCACAUUGGAGUAGGUGCAGAGCAGCGGGAGAGGUAUCAGCUCUCCAUGGCGGGGAAAGCGUGGCUCUGUGUGAAUGCAGGCGGGCGACUCCAGAACACGCCAUACCACACCCUUCUCGUGCCAAACGCCAUCCGACCACAGGACUGACACGGAAGCCCCCAACAACUGGAAAUGAGCCCCGCAAAAGCGGACGUGAGAAUGAACAAUCAAAUUCUCCACUGUGUACAGAUACCCUACCCCCCAGUCCAAGGUCAAAAUGAUGUAUCUUUUAGAGGCUUUGGGACACUUUUUAGUAAGUAUGAGCAGAAAAAUGCAGUGAAUAUACAAUGAGAAAACCCAUCUGAACUGAUUGAGGGCUUAUCACUAGAUCCAGCUAAGAUUUGUAUUUGAAUCAUUUGUAAAGUCAUGCUCUUUCAACAAGCUUCUGGGUUUUAAAUACCUCCGUACAGCAAGUUAACAUUCCCCGCUUUCUGUUCCCGGUGUCCUCGGUCAUGGUGCUUUUUGUUGCAUUAAAAGUGCCGGUCAAACUUUGAUAGUAUUUUUUUAUAGUUGGUGCAGAGUGGAAUAACUCAUGGAUUAUUUCAAUAUUUUUGUAAUAAAAAAUAUAGGGUAUACACAUAGGCAUCAUCACUUUUUUUAUAGACCUGGAAUUAUUUAAAAUACUUUAAGCAUCAUAAUUACUUGGGAUGGUCACAAAACUGGUCCACAAAUUCCAUCAGCCUGCCUUGGCAGAUUGAGAAUACUUAUCUCUUGCAAGAUCACCCUACUUUGCAAUGUUGGUGCCCCCAGGAACCUGGCCAGGGGUGCUAUCAGAAAUAUCUAUCAGGUGAUGAGAGAAUCAGCUUAACUAGAAAGGGCUUGUCAAGACUGGCCAAUGUUUCCCAGGAAAUCAAAGCUGUAAAUGAUCACUUUCAUCCAUCCCUUAGGACAAACCUGACCACAGUGGAAGAUGUCUUAAACUUCCUUCCCUGGUUUUAUAUUAAUCCAACUGAUAUCCAAUAUUAGUCAAGUCAAGGAAAAGGAGAAAGUCAGUUUAACUUAAGUAUUCAGUUAUGUGGACUGUCCAAGUCAUUUAAAGUAGUCAAGUGCUAUAGCCGCCCCGGUAGUGGGUGUGUCACACAGAGACUGCUGUCCUCAUGAUAAUAUCCACAGGAAGAGACAGGGGGCUCAACCUGGGACUUCUUAUGGUACAAUGUGUGAAGGCAAUGUGUAGAAAGUAGACUAUUUUUAAUCAGUAGACAUACUUUCCUAGUACUCCAUGAUUUGAUCCUCCAAGCAAGAUGUCCUCUAAAAAAUAAUAAUCUCUUGUUCAGAUGUGAACAGAUCACCUAGUCACCAGUAAAGGUCCAGGAAGAUGCUCUUCUUGUCAGCAACUGGUGAAAACAUUCUACCCCCAUUGUAGAAGGGAAAAAAAUAAUAAUUAUAUUGGCAAAUUCUUCACUUUUGUGCAGAACCAUAAGUCAUUAGCUUCAUUAUUUCCAAGACAACUUUUAAUUGAUGAUCUUUGGAAAUUGUUCAGUUGAACUAUACCUUUGACUCCAUAAGUAAAUAACAGAUUACAGAAUAAUAAUGUCAAUCAACACAAACCACAGGCCUACCACUCAUCAAUCAUUUAAGUCCUACAUUAUUUCCAACUUGGUCCCUCAUUUAACAUGUUAAGAAUCAAAAUGAGUGCUAUGUGAACAAAAGAUAAUGUACGGUGCUUUGUCUGGGAGUUAAGACUGCAGUCAGGAGGCUGUAAGAAGUUUGAAUUUCUCAGUGAUUUCCCAAAUACUGUAAAUACUCUGUUAUCCAACAUUCUCGAAGAUAACAAUGUGUGUUCAGUUAGUCCAAAAUUCUUGCUAAGGAAAGGACAUCUUCACCAUGUUAUAAAUUACAUACUUUCUCCAGAUUACAAAAACAAAAAAAUUUCUUUCCAAGGAAAAUCAUGACUUGCUCCUGCUUCCAUGAUUCAGAAAGUCCUGCACUGUCAUCAGACUGUGUGGUGAUCAGAACCUGGAUUAGUUUCCAAAGACACAGAUAACAGAGAGUUUAAAGUAUUAGGAUUUAAAGGGACAUUGUCAAUGUACAAAGGAACAAAGUUUGAUUUUUGUGUUCAUAUUUGAGUUCUUCCUAAGAUUUAAUUUUCAAUCUGCCCUUUAACCCUCCACAAAAAGUAAUUGGAGAAUCCAAAAGGAACAAGCUACGGUGAGCAUACAAACUGGAAAUGCUGGAUUCUUCUUCUGUGGGAUUCCAUGGCCUGGGCCUGAAUCUACUUGGCUUCUUUGAGAGGGUGGUCUGCUUUUCGUAUUUGCUUUUUGCAUAGGACCAUAAAAUUUUUUUAAAGAAAAUAUUAUAAAUAUUUUCACUUUCAAAUUAGUGUUUAUAAAUGAAAGCAUAUUUAAGUUAAGGAACACAUAUUAACCAUACUGAGACUAUAAGUAUUUGUCUGAAAAAAAACUGUUUUUCCACAUAAGUCAAAGUUUGGUCCACCAAAAUGACUAUGUCCUUUAAAUUCUCUUAGCACCUUUACUUUGCCUUACUUAAUUAUGCACUGUCUGGUUCAGUAACAUUGGCUUUGCAGACACUCGGUUACUGUUCAUUUAUGAUAAUGCGAUGAGCCCAACAAAUGAAAUAAAUUCUUUUACUGCUAUGGCAGGAAUAUGCAAUUCAAAUAUUAGCAUAAUGUAAAAUACAAAGACAAUCUGAAGGUAAAAGUGUAAUGAAGUAUUUAUGCUUAAGUUCUAAAUGCCCAGUUUAUUUUGCUCUAUGAAGAAAUGAGAUGAUUAACUAGUUAAAAAUGAAUGAAUAACUGAAAUCUCAAUGACUUUUUAAAAAACUACUAUAAUGUGUAUAUGUUAUGUGUGUGUGUAUAUAUAUAUAUAUAUAUAUAUAAAACACAUAUACAUGUUUUUAUACACACACACAACUAAAGCAACAGAAAUGAAUACUGCCUUUUCAUGCAUAUAGUGUGAUAUGUUACCAACACAUGAACUUUCAUUUGAAAAGCUUUUUCCUACUCCUUUUUCAACAUUAGGUCAAGAUUACUGUCCAUUUCCAUAAGAUAUGAACACACUUUUGAUGCUGCGGGAAAUAACUAAACAUAAUUUAGCUCUUUGAGCUUGAAUGAGCUUUAUCACUCCUUAAGGAUCUCAUUCUUUAAGCAACUGAAUAGAAUAGUUUUGAGUCAUUUCAAAGUUUCUUUCUCUGAACUGAUUGAAUUACACAAGGAAAACCUCUGAUACCAGGAUUGUGUAAGGUUACAUGUUUGCCUCUCAAUGGACCACGUGCCAUUGAGUGGAAACAAGUUCUGGCACAAUGUUUAGACAAGAAUCCAGAGAUGUUUUUUCCUAAUGAACCACUUCCUAGACUAAAUACAUGCUCUUGUGCAUUCUCACACAUCUUUUCCAUUAGCCAUUACUGUUUCUAUAUAAAGCUUGGAUGAGAUGCCUGCAUUUUUAUGUUUCUAAGGAGAAUUCCUUAAAGCCUUUUUAAAAAUAGUUCAGACUGUCUUUCAGAAGUAUAGCUCAGAGGAUGGUUGAAGUGCAUGGUGAAGACACAGCAGGGCUGAGGUGGUCAUUUCUAUAAAUUCAGUGGGGGACGCAGAUCGACUUAUGUUCAAUUCAGCCAUUCAUUGUCACUUUUGAAAACAAUCAAAAUGAUCACUUUUGCCAGUUUGUGACUUAUAAAACCCCUUCUUCCAAAUGAAGCUGGAGCAUUUAAAAAUGGCUAAGGAUGGGCCAGUUCCCUCCAGCACAUGCCCACCCCAUCCAACCCUCGUCUCCAAGCCUCCGGCCCUGACCUAGAUCAGGCUGUACAGGAUCUGACAGCUGGGUUGCCUCUCCUCUCCACACUCCGGCAGGCGUCACUGUCUGCUGCCGAGCUCUCUCUGGGGACAUAUGUCCUGUCCAGUUGCUCUCCUAAAAAUGGGCACAUAGAAAGACUUACGAUGAGCCUGUGAGCAACAGCCUCAAUAGUAUAAUUAGUCGUUCCAAAGUGAAACUCUACAGGAUAUGGUGGAAUUGUACAAAAACACAAUGAGCCAUUUAAUUUUGCUAAUUAUAGCAAUUAGGCUAGCUCGCAUGCAGCCUUGCUCUCACAGCAGAAAGCCAAAUGGAAGAAGUGGCAAGCAGCCACUUGCCCACAGAAAUGAGGGGUUCAGAAACUCUCCCUUGAGUGUUGGAGGCAGUAUGUUGUUUCACACUAUCCUUUUGAAGCUUUUCCUUUAGAUUCCACAAGAAAAAAAAGAAAAAAAGAACAGACUUGUUAAAGUACAUGCAAUGACCUAGCCCAGAAAUGUAAGAUUUCAGUGAACUUUUUGUGAAAUGUUCUGCUAAGUAAGGGAUAGCCUAAUAACUCCAAAGUGUCUAAUUGUUUUGCUAAAAUAUUUUACUGACAUAAAUAAUAUACUGAAAUAAUAGUCAGAAAUGCCGACUAAAGCAAAUUUUUUCUUUAGCUACUUUUUCCCCUUAGAUUUUCUUGCAGUUCCCUGUAUUAGUAGUAGCUUACUGUGAUUGAGAGCUUGUCAUGUGCUUAGUGCUCUACUAGAGAUCUUUAUCCAUGGGAUAUCAUUUUAAUUCUCACAACCAUCUAUGAGUUAAGUACCAAUUACAGAAGACAAAGUUUCAGCUCAGAGGGCUAAACAAAUUGCCAAAGGUCCCACAGCUAAGAAACAGUGGAUCUGAGAGUUGAACACAACUUGUAACAACCACAAAUCCUUCCGGAAGCCCAAGGAAUAUUUUUUUCCCCCCAAAAUCUAUUCCUCAUCUGUCAAGCCUUCAGGAGAAACAAAAUCAUGGUCUAACAAUCAAAUUGUUCAAGGAACAUUUCAUUGAAAGUGAAAGAUGUCUUCCAAAAUAAAAAGUUAAAGAAGUCAACGAUGAGGAUGGAAGUCUGUACCACCUAUAACUGAAUUUUACUUCAAUUCCCUAAUUCAGGUAGGCAGAGAAACGCUGCUCCUCCAUCCAGACAACUGUCCACCCAUGGCCCUACUCUACACUCAAGCAGGUGAUAAAUAUAAAUUAACUGAUUGUUCUUUUCUGUUAUUCCACACUUGUGCACUAAUGUCAUCCAAUUAGGCAGACUGAGAACUAGUCCAACUACUUAUUUUAGCACUCUGACAGGGAAAUAAAAGAGAGACAGAGAGAGAGGAAGGAGGGAAAGAAAGAUCAACAAAUCUUGAGUGACAUUAUUCUACUCCAUUGCCAUAAUUUCCCCCAAAUUUUAUUCAGUGUCUUUCAGGUCACAAAAUUUAGUAUUUGAGAUGAUUAUACCACUAACUUGACCUGUCUUAUAAAUCUAGGAGCCUUGUUUUAGAUUGAAAGGUUAGAUACAAGAAGAUAGCAAAUGUUUUCCAAAUAUUUUUUGAAUUGAUUAUAAAACAAUUGAUGUACCCUUUUUCUCCUUACCUUAGAUAUAACAGGCUCUAAUCAUACAGGAUGACGGAGUUAUUAGCCAUUUGAUGAUGUUGUGUAGUAAGCUUUGUGCGUGUUGUUUGAAUUGAUGCUAAAAAGGUAGCUAAUAAUAAACCAAAAGUUUUCUCAACCCUGGUGUUUAUUUCUAAAAAAUAUGCAGUGAUCACUCUGAAUUUAACCUAUUAAAAAUAUAAGUGAUCAUCCAGCCUCCUACUUUCAUAAAAUGUAAGCAUAUCUCUAUGAAGUGAUGUUAAAUUAAAAGUCACUAAUUUUUAGAGAAAAUAGCAUCUAAAAGUGAUCUAAGUGUUCCUUCAGCACAUUUUUUUGUAGAUAAGACAAUUGAGAUCCAAAGUGAUCAGAUAGUUUUUGUGAUCAGGAUUCCUUCAGUCCUUCAUUCAAAAAGCCUGGUUUAUAUCAUUAGCAGUGCCAGGCAAUAUACUGUCAAAUGCAAAAGGAAUCCAUGUUUCAGCAGCUCACACUUUGCUUAUUAGUAAUAGAAUUAAAAUCUUAUAACUUCAACUAUAAUUCUUUUCUGCUCUACCACUGCAUCUAUAUUUAAUUCUAUACUAGAGCAAUAAAGAUAAGCUUUUCCAAGAUUGUAUUAUGUAAACCUCAUAAUAAACAAUUGCCACACACAAUGACAAAUAUAAGAAAAUAUAAGUAUAAAGACAAAUCAACAAUGGAUGACUGCCUGUAAAGAGAAACUAAUUUUAUAAUUUGUUUUUAUGCAUUUUCAACACUAGAUUUUUUUAAAGCAAGGCCACAAAGCAACGAAAACAUUAAAAUACUCUUUUGGCACACAGUAUUUGACUCAAAUCAAUCAUCUCUGGAUAAACACAGAAGAUAUUCCUGAACAUUUCUGUUAAUAAGAGACAUGAAAUUAGGAUGCCUCUAAAAUGUCUCAAGAAUUUUCUAAUAGGCUGCUUCUCUAUCUUCAGGGAACAUCCUUCAUUAGCUCAUAAAAUAUGUCUCUAGCAUACCAGUUAUUGAGGAGUAACAAAUUUCCAGACAUAAAACUCAGUUACUGCAACCUGAGAGGUUGUUCUAAAGCCAUACUUCUGAUGUCCAGGACAUGCUGCAUUACCUUGAGGAGUUGGGACAGCCAGACCCACCUCAUGCGGAAACUCAUACUGACAUUCCACCUAGUCCAAGUCUCUCCUGCAAUAUGGCCCUGAGUGAUUGGCUUUCCCACUGAUACAAGGAGUGUAUUGUUUAAAGAUAACUAUUAACUUGCAUAACUAAUUUUCUCUAAGUGUAGUAAUUCUGGUCAGGGAAUGCAUAAACCAAUAGGGUCCUCUGUGGAACAAAAGGGAAGAGAGACAAAAGCAUAUUAAUUUGUGCAAGCACAGAAUAACUUUAAAAAUUCCUUGGUGAGUUCCCAUUAAGCCUCAAUAAAACAUUUGACUUCAUAAUGCUGCAAGGUCCAAGGCAUGAUUUCUAGGUUCAUGCCACCAUUUAUAGUUCAUUACUGUGAUUACUGCUAUUUUAGCCAUUGCACCCAAGGAGAAGAGCAUAGUUACUGAUACAAUGUUUGCAGAGAAAAGAUCAUGUUUAACAAAACAGAUCAACACCAAAAUGUAUUAAUCAAUUUGAUAAGCAAAUAUUACCAGCGUAGUACAACAUGAAAUUUUCUCCUGUUAUUAUUAAAGCCUGUCACCUACUCUGUUAUUAGAAUUUCAGAAAAUGUAAGGUUUCAUGCUUUUAUUGUAUUUUCAUCCACCAAAUUAAGCUGGUGGCCCUCUCCUCUCUCCAUUGCUUGAUUUGCAUUAAAAUAGAACUAAUCAAAUUCUCAUAUAAGUACUACAAAUAUUAAUAAAUAGAGAUGUUAUGUUUAAGCUAAUUUAACUGUUUUAGUGGCAUUCUGAUAUGGAGUUGUAUUACAUCAACACUCUUAAUUAUUUCAAAUUAACUCAUUUCUCAGAAGUUCUAAAACACUCCGAGGUGUGUUGAAAAUAUAUUUCCAGUUUCUGCAAUUGUAAGAAAUUCCUAUUUUGAUGACAAACCAGUAGAAUAUGUCUUAAUCAACAGUGGCAUUUCAGCCAUUGUGAUUUUGGGAAAUGAGUGCUACUUCGGAUGUGUUGAGUACUGCUACAUUCACUUAGCAAUUAACCCUGGACCUGUGGCUUUCUAUAGGUCCCACUGUGUAUUCUCAUUCUAUUCACAUCAGGAGCCAGAGCAUAUCAUCCUGUAACCAAAGGAGAUCUGUCCGCUAGUCAGAUAAUUGUCAUUUUAUUUUAUCCUGCUGUCAAAGAAGGAAAAUACUCAACUUCUCUUAUUAACCUUUCUGAGGUAUUGCAUAUAGAAAAGGAAAUGGAUCUCUGACGUCUGUUUUGAAAGCCUGGGGUGAAACAUUUUCCUUAGUCUGAAGAGGCGUGGUGCUCUGUGAAAAGAAUAAAAUGUCUGGUGCCCACAGGAGGGGGGGUGCUCAGAAGUGUGAGCCUCGAUUGUCGCAAAGCUGUAUAUUGCUGAUGCUAUCGAUUCCCUUCUCUUUCUACAGAAACAUCUUGGGACUUGUCAAGCUUUACUGAAGGUGAUUUGAGUUAUUAAUUCCACAGACCCUUUAAUCUGGCAAAUUCUUGACUUACAAUAUUGUAGCCAAGCUACUGCAAGGGAAAAUUAAUCAGCUAGUGGAAAGGAGCCCUUGCUCUGUGCUGUGUUAUGACGCGCCCAGGCCUGAAGGGAAAGGCCUCUGCGCUACUUCCUCGUCAUUCAUGCUGUGACCAUUCAGCCACUUCAUUUGUUUUUGCCAGUAACACUGCUUUGAAAAAAGGGAAGACAGCCAAUGGAAUCCUGAGGGCUUGCACAGCUCAGAGAAUGGAUGCUGGAUCACAGAGACUCCCUUUAAAUGGUUACACAUCUACUUGUGUUUGGACAGGGAAAAGAAAUGUCAUUGUCACCUCUAAUAACUGAUCUGAGUACAGCUGCUGCCCUUCCUUCAUUUCUUAAGAGUACCAUUGUCAGCAUUGUACUAACCAAUUUAUAAAUACUGAAUUUAAAAUUCAAUUUCAGAAGUAAAAUCUACAUGGACGUAGCUAUUGAAUAAUUGGAUUCCUGCUUUCCUAGGUGGUGGCAUUGCCAGUUUCAAACUAAGGUAUAUAUGUAUGUAGAAUUGGCUUUCUUACUGCUUCUCAGAGCCUGCAAAACCUUGCUUACAAGCUCUAAGAUCACCAAUCUGACAUUCUUAAUGCCUAAGUGCUCACUUAAAAGGGACAGGUAGUCUCGUAAUUAAAAAUCAUGAUUCUUUCAUACCUGCUUCUCCGUUUUUAAGAAAAGGUUGGAAUGCAAGACAAAAAUGAAUGUACUUCAGAUUGUAACUUAAGAGUUUACAAGAGAAUCAGGCAUCCAAAUGAUCUUACAAGGUUUUCUGCCUCACCUUUUGGUAUAACAGUUUUAGAGUGAACCCUAAAUAAAUGAGUGAAAGUCAUCAGAUUUAUCCCAUAAGCAAUCUUACAGAAAUAAUAAGGAUAAAUAAGGAUAAUUUUCUUGUGUUUCAGAGAUGUUUCUCCUUCCUAAAGUGACCAUCUUGGUGAUUGUCUCCAAGAUGUACCAAGAGCUACUAACGAUAGCCUGUUAUGGCACCAGUAGCACACUGCAUUCCCUCCUGGGUAAGGCAUUUUUCAGAAAUAGCUCUUGGCAGAAGCACUGAAAUGUAAUGGUAAAAAAAAGUGGCCUGCCAUCCUGACUCAUUUUCAACUGCAAGGCAAUGAAAACUAACAAGUUGAAGAAAUUGUUAAUUUCCUGAACCCCAGUGCCAAAACGGGCACAAAGAUAUUCUGUACUGUACAAUGAGUUGGUUGCCUGUGGGGACACAGGCGCAAUAUACAAUCCUCUUAAACAAGGCUCAUGAGUCAGAGUGAUGAUAAGUGGUGUUGAGACAGAAGGUUUCCUUUACUGUAGAGGGGCAGGUGUGGUGGUCAAAGGGGAAGCCCAUCAGUGUCUCAACAGAAUUUUUGCCUUUUUAUAGAGCAGAGGUUCAAGGUAGCCCCUGCUACUCCAUAAUGAUGACAAUAGAUGCGUGCUCUUAUGAAAGCCCAACACCUGACCGAAGCGGGACAUAGAGACAUCAGUGGCUUCAUAUCUGAGACUAAUGGUCCUGAAGGGAGCAGUUCUCCUUGGCCCUUGGCCUCUGCACUGCUAGGUAACUCUGCACGCCAAGAGCUUCUGAUGGAUUAUGAGAUAUUUAAGGUUUUCUAAGUACUCUUGCUUGUAGAAUAUGAACCAUUGGAUUAUCCCUAAUUUUAACAGCAAUGAAAUUCAGGGUUACCAGAGCCUUACUCAUCAUCCCAUUGUAAAUAUAUCAUGAAAUCACGAGAGCCUCUGCGUUCAGAUCCACUAAACCAGUUUACAAGUACUUAGUCUGUGUAUCUAUCCCCAAACUGAAAAAGUAAUGCUUGUGAGAAUGAUUUUCAGAAUAAUAAAAGUGAUAAAAGUGGAAAAGUAAGCAAUUUUUCAAAAUAGACAAAACCACUAGAUAGCCCUAAAGCUUUGAUUUUUCCCUCGUGGCUAAUGAUCGCUGAACCAUCGUCACACAACUGAAGUAGUGGUAUUAAAACAUAAAGAGUGUCCACGUGAAUGCAAAUAUACCAAUGAAAAGUGAAAAGUAUGACCAAGUAAAUUGGGUCUUUGUGAUGUCAAACAUCUGGAUAUUUCAGAAAAUCCAGAUGUUUGAGUCAUACAGUUUUUCAUCUGGUUGUCUGGUGGUGCCUAGAUAGACAGAAAAUGCUCAGGUGUUGUAGGCAAUGAAAUUGAACUUUCUUGUACAGUGCUCUAUUACUGGUGAUAUUCUGCUGCUAAAAAUAUCUUUGUUGUGCAAAGAGAAAUAAAUAAUGCACAGCAAAUGCUAUUUGAUUUUUAUUUACUAUCGACAAACACAAAUAGAAGAAGUUUGGAAGGUAAGCUUGGGUGUAUUCAGACAUGAUUGUAAACAGAUAGAUAUUCAGAAAACGGUUCUGGAGGCCUGCCACUCCGCUCCUUCCAGGCAAGGACACUUUUUCUUAGCCCUUUUCCAUCUUUCAUAAUUGUAUAAUUGCCCCUUUUCUCUUCACAUAAUUUUAAUCAUUCACAAGGUCUACUUAACAGAAUUGUUCAUAGGAAAAACAAAUUUGUUAACUUUUCAUUCUUCAAAUAGGAAGUUUUAACUUUAAGGAUUUCUUAUACCUUGUAAGCAUAAAAAGAGUUUAAGCUAUUUGAUGCAGUUAUUUCAUGGUGAAUUUUAUGAUGUCCAUAGAAGAAAAGCUAUUUUUCUCAAGUUAAACAAAAUACAUGACUUUUUUUGGUUUGGUUUCUUGAUGUCAUUCUGACUGCCAAGGACCAAUUGGUUACACAUAUUGGAAUAUUGAUGUUUUCCUUGUAGCCACAGAAAAAAGAAGUGACGUCAAAGGGAAAUUCACUUUCCAGAAGGGAAGUUUGAGAUAUUCAUAUGACUCUUGUAUUUGUGAUUACUUGUGGACAUGUCUUCCUUGUUUCAUCUGAUUUGGCUCUAGAUUGUUGAGUGUGUGUGUUUCAUCAGAUUGUGCUUACCUCAUUUACUGUUCUGAAGUGGGACAGGAAACCAGGCAAGCUAUUACGUGAAGUGACAUUGCAGAUGUUGUUCCGAAGUCUUGACUGUAAGCCGGCACCCAGAGCACAGGAAGGUAUUCAGCUAUGCAAAGAUCAUGACAGGAUUUCCAGAGAAAAUCUAAAUGUUUCAUGGGUUCUUGGGUAGUGUUUUGAUUGUGUCAAGCUCUACAUUUAGUGCCCAGUUAGAAUGAUUUCAGGGGGUGGACAGUCCCUUCUCCUUCCUUGUUGGGUCCCCCCUCCCAACCGGUGCCGAAGUUCCCUGAAAUCAAAUGCAUGCUCCAGCCGGUGUUGUCAUUACUCUGUGCUAAUUGGGUUCUGUAAAGCCAAAUUUGGAGGACAGGUCUGUUUUGCUAUCCCACACAACGUGUGAAAGCUUCUGGGCCAACAUAGCUGCUCCUUCCACUCACAGAUGCGUACCAAUCCGACUUGACACAAGUCUUCCUUGAAAUUGUUGCUCCACUGAAUCCUUUUCCAAAUCUUACCUUCAUGUCACUGACAGGCUGUUCAGUGCAGUGUUUCACUGAAUUGGCAACAAAGAGGUGGCAAUCAGUUGCCACUACAAAUACAGUAGGCAUAUUUUUCAGUUAUCUUUCAUUAUUUAAUAAUUGGGUGGAAUUUAUGGCUUAGUGGAAAACCCCAAAUCCCUGUGUUGAAUACAAUGACUGUUUGAAGUAUACUCAAAUUUAUUUUGUGAAACAGUAUCCUUUUACACUGUGAAAUCUGUUCCUUUAUGGAGACAAGGACAUGGAGGGGAGAGGCCCAUGAUGAGAACCCCAGCACCUUUGUUUCCUCAUCACAGGUGGGUCACUGCAGCCUCAGAAACUCACCCGGCCUGGUUUUUCCCACAUGAAAAAGAGAGAGAAUAUUUACCUACCUCAUUGUAGUGUUGAGAUUAGAAUUUGUAAAGUGCUUUUGCACUUGAUAAGUAGCAUAAGCAGAGAAGAACCGUGACCAGCCCAGGAGAGGCUGUCCUGGAGGAGGCGGAGGAGCUCACAGACACACCACAAUGACUCCGCAAGCAGACGGUAUGAUUAUUCCUGAUCACUGAAUAACAUUGAAACGUGUUCAAAGGUCUACAUAGAACUUUUCUUUUUUAAUUAUCUGCUCUUUAUGGAGAAAAUUAACUCCUUUCAUACAAACAUUGAGAAGCUUCGUAUAAAAUAACAAUUUUCCUCAUAGCAAAACUGGAUUUUACUACAUUUUCAUUAAAUGUACCCAGAAAACUUGGCUUCUUCUGAUGUCUAAGGAGUUUGCAUGCAUGAUCCCAAACUACCUUUUCCAGAAUGCAUGCAUGAUACCUGAGUUCAGUACUAAUGAUUGCCAAGCGCUGUUCAGCGACCCACUAUCAGGAGGGGACAUUUUAAAUAGAUAUUAUUGAGAAUAGAUUUUGUGUUACUUACAGUGAGGUUAUUUUUCAUCUCUAAGAUGACACAUCUUACCCUUUACAACCCAAUAAAGGAACGUAAAGCCUUAUUUCUGCCUGGAACUUCUGAGUUGACUCAUUUUCAGAUUGUAAAUACAUUUUAAAUUUUUCAGAGAAGUAUUUAUACAAGAACUUCUGGUAUACAUUGAGAUACACACAUAUAUAUAUAUGCCCUUAUGCGUGCAUAGAUCUGAGUACUACUAAGGACAAAGGAGGUGAUGGGGAAACAACCACAGAGAACAUGUACAACUUCCCCAAAAGUAAUGUUUCCUCUUACUUAAAUAUUUAGUCUUGAUAAGAACUACCAGUAUAACAUGAUUUCGGGUUUUAAACAUUUGUCAUUUUAAGUCAUGGAGACAAUAAUAUAAACAGGGAUAUACCUAUGAAUCUAUACUAACAAUCCAGAUAAUGUCUUAAUGAUCAGACUUCAUGAGGCAAAGUUGUGUACAUAAGUAUUAUCAUUGUGCUCUUAUUUAAUAAUUAUAUUCCUUUCCCAAAAAUAUUUGCAUGCUCUUAAAAAUAUGAAAUAAGGUUUCAGAAAGUUUAUCUUGAUAAGUGGGUUAACACCAUGUUACACUUGGAGCUGACAAUGUGCACAUUCAACAUAAUCUCUUCUGGAUUCUAAAACCUAGUUGCCAAUGGUGUAGCAAAGGCUGAAAUUCCAGCUUAGUUAAACAUUUCUAAUGCAUGGUGUUAAGCUUUCUGAAGCAUGAAUUUAACGUAGGCAAUUAUCACAUCCAUUUAAAAAAUAUUUAAGUUGCCACACCAGACUUAAGAUGAAUGCUGGUUUUUUUGACUCAAAAUAUGAGUGUAGUGAGUCAGAAUAAUUUGGAUAUCUCUGGAUUUUUUUUCCCAGUUGCUAGCAUCAGUUACCUUCUAAACUGGAAAUGCAGCAGAAUAUCCUUAUUUCUGAAAGGAAACAUCCAUGACUUUCCUUUAUUUUUGCAUAAGAAACACUGCAGUUACCUGGACUAGAUGCAGGAGCACAGAAAUCAGGAAAGGUGUGGCAAGCUUUCAAGUGGCUUGGCCAGGAUGAGCAGAGGGCAGCUGGGAGACUAUGUCAUUAAGAGGCUUUACCACAAAGGUCCAAAACAAAAUUUAAUUGUUAGAGCUGGACAAGUCUUUGAAGUGACAGAAUCUAAAUCCUUUACCAAAUAGAUGGAAAAACAAGUGAAGACAGCAUGUUACUAGAUACAAGCUAUACAUAUAAUUACUGGGAAAAAGGAGAUUGGAAUGCCCCAUACUUUUAUUCUUUUAAGGCUUUCCAACCCAAAGGGAAACUCUCCAAAGUUCUCCCUGAAAAUAAGAGACUCUUACAGGAUACUAGUUUUCACAGAGAUGAACCACUGCUAUGGACCAGUCCUUAUGUCAUCAUCAUGUAUGGGAUGCUUUUUAAAUAUAGUCAGCUUUCAUGGUUACUUCCCAUUAACAUUCUGUCCCAUAAAUACAUGGUAGGAAACACAUGGAAAGCUCUUUUUUGCUCAAAAGGAAUGUCUCCCAACUCAUUUAUAUCCAUUCUUAUCCCUGACAUAUUAUU